UUUAAUUCCAAUUACGGACACAAAUAACUACUCACAUAAAUAAAUACCUAAAAAAACCAGAGGAGAAGAAAACACAUGGGAAAAGAGGAAAGAAGAGGAUUAGGCUGUUGACUGCUUUCACUCCUUUCUCUAUAAUCACAGCUCUGCUCACAAAGCUUUAUUUUUUUCUUUAGGGUUUCUCUCUCCUUCUUCUUCUUCUUCUUCUUCUUCUUCUUCUUCAGUUUUUCUCUGAAUCGUCACAAUGCGAGUUUUCCCCCACUCGUCCAUGGCGAUUCUCUCUGUUUUCUUCUCAAUCCUUCUCUUCUCCCUCCCUCUCCCUUCAAUCCAAGAUCUCAACGCCGACAGAGCCGCACUUUUAUCCCUCCGUUCCGCCGUCGGCGGCCGUACAUUUCGCUGGGACAUCAGGCAGACCUCGCCGUGCAGCUGGGCCGGUGUUAAAUGCGAGAACAACCGAGUCACCGUCCUCCGUCUCCCCGGCGUUUCUCUCACCGGGAAGAUUCCGGAAGGUGUUUUUAGUAACUUAACCCAGCUCCGUACACUCAGCCUCCGUCUCAACGCUCUCACCGGAUCUCUCCCUUUGGAUCUCAGUAGCUGCUCCGGUCUCCGGCACCUCUACUUGCAGGGAAACGGAUUCUCCGGCGAGAUUCCGGAGGUUUUAUUCAGUCUCAGUAACCUCGUGAGGCUUAAUCUCGCUGAGAACAGUUUUACCGGAGAAAUCUCCUCAGGCUUUACGAACCUCACAAGGCUGAAGACACUGUACCUGGAGGAUAAUCAACUCUCCGGCUCAAUCCCUGACCUAGAUCUACCAUUGGUUCAGUUCAACGUCUCCAAUAACUCGUUGAACGGAUCAAUCCCUAAAAAUCUCCAGAAAUUCGAGUCCGAUUCGUUUCUGCAAACUUCACUCUGCGGCAAACCUCUCAAAAUCUGCCCUAAUGAAGAAACUGUACCGAGUCAGCCUACUUCCGGCGGAAACAGAACACCACCAACUGUUGAAGAGGCCAAUGGGAAGAAGAAAAAUAAACUUUCCGGCGGAGCUAUAGCCGGAAUUGCGAUCGGAUGCGUGGUUGGUUUCGCUUUGAUCGUUCUGAUACUGAUGGUACUCUGCCGGAAAAAGGGAAGCGAGAGAUCAAGAGCCGUCGAUAGUUCCACAAUCAAACAGCAAGAAGCCGAAAUUCACGGCGAUAAAGCGGCUGGGGAGACGGCUGAGAACGGAAACGGGUACUCGGUGACUGCCGCUGCAGCCGCGGCGAUGACCGGUAACGCAAAAUCCGGAGAAGCGAACGGUCCGGCGACGAAGAAGCUCGUGUUCUUCGGUAACGCGACUAAAGUCUUCGAUCUUGAGGAUUUGCUGAGAGCUUCCGCGGAGGUUCUCGGGAAAGGAACGUUUGGGACGGCGUAUAAGGCGGUGCUUGACGCCGUUACGGUUGUGGCGGUGAAGAGGCUGAAGGAUGUGAUGAUGCCUGAUAAAGACUUCAGGGAGAAGAUUGAGUUGGUUGGUGCUAUGGAUCAUGAGAACUUGGUGCCGUUGAGAGCUUACUACUUUAGCAGAGACGAGAAGCUUCUUGUCUAUGACUUCAUGCCUAUGGGAAGCUUAUCUGCUCUCUUACAUGGAAACAGAGGAGCAGGAAGGACUCCACUAAGCUGUAAUGUAAGAUCACGGAUCGCUCUUGGUGCAGCUCGUGGCUUAGACUACCUUCACUCACAAGGCAACACGACCUCUCACGGAAACGUCAAAUCCUCGAACAUCCUCUUAACCAAAUCACACGACGCCAAAGUCUCGGACUUUGGGUUAUCCCAGCUCGUUGCAGUCUCUUCAUCAACUCCGAACCGUGCUACGGGUUACCGUGCGCCGGAAGUAACCGACCCUAAACGCGUGUCGCCGAAGGGUGACGUGUACAGCUUCGGCGUGGUGCUUCUUGAGCUGAUCACCGGAAAAGCUCCGUCGAAUUCUGUGAUGAACGAGGAAGGAGUUGAUUUGCCGAGGUGGGUUAAAUCGGUGGUGAGAGAUGAGUGGAGAAGAGAGGUAUUCGACUCGGAGCUGCUUAGCUUGGCGACGGAGGAAGAAGAGAUGAUGGCGGAGAUGGUGCAGCUAGGGAUUGAGUGUACGUCACAGCAUCCGGACAAGAGGCCGGAGAUGGCGGAAGUGGUUAGGAAGAUUGAGAAUUUGAGACGAUCUGGUCCUGACCAAGUGGACGAAGCUGAUUGAUUGAGUGAAAAAAAGAUGUUAAAUUAUUAAUUGUUGGAUUUUUAAUUAUUAAUUUUUUAAGUAAUUGGGUGGGGGAAAAUCAGAAAAAAUGAGUUCUUUAAAUUUUUAAUUUUGACCCCACUUGUCAAAAGGAGAGGGGGGUUUUAGUGGUGAAACUCUGCUUCGCAUUUGCAGUUGUUUGUUUGUGUUGGGCGUGAGAGGAUUUAGUGGUGAUUGUAAUUAUUGUUGCUUCUCUUUUUUUAAUCAUUUUAAUCUAUUUAAUUUCUUUUUUUAUUUCCUAUCCUUUUGUCUCUUAUGUUGUAUAUAUACUUUGUAGCAUAAUAAUAAUAUUUGUAGUGGCAAACGCAUGUUGGUCACUGUUUAUGAAA